AUGUCUGGAAACACUUAUAUAAAGUCGUUUACCCACCUCAAGGACAAGCCGAACGAAAAGCAAGCGCUGGAAAUGCUCAAGAGAAUCGCGAGCCUGGUCAAACCGAUCAUGCGCGCACACAACUGGGUUCUACCUGUGCUGAGCGAGUUCUUCCCUACCAAUCCUGGUCUCCUCGGGAUGAACGUUAAUCAUGGUGAGAAAAUCUACCUGCGUCUCCGGCCGCAUCAUUCGCCGUCAUGGUUCAUGGACGAAGAAGAGGUCGUUGGCACGAUGCUUCACGAGCUCACUCACAACGUCCACGGACCUCACGACGACAAGUUCUACAAGUUUCUUUCCGGCCUAGAGGACGAGUACUAUGCACUCCGUGUGAAAGGCUAUUCGGGCGAAGGUUUCCAAUCCGAGGGCAAACGGCUGGGCUUUGGUGUCGGGCACAAUGUUCCGAUGAGCCAGGCGAGAUCCAAAGCCAUUGCGGCAGCAGAACAGCGUCAGAAGAUGGCUGGAAUCAUGGCUGGUAGUGGUAGCAAGCUCGGUGGAGGCUUUGUUCAACGCGGUGGCAAGACGGCGAGAGAAUUGGCAGCCGAGGCGGCGUCGAGGAGAGCAUUGGACGAGAAAAAGUGUGCAUCACUCUCCGAAGAAGUCAUCAACCGUGAGAUGGAGGAGGCGCUCGCACAGAGCAUCCUCGACAUUCCCGACAUCGACGUCCCCCCCUCUCCACCUCGAAUCGCAUCGACGUCUUCACUUCCACCGGAGCGCGUGCCUGCCAGACGACCAGACCGUACACACUCGGUGCUGGCUUCUCGAGCGAGUGCAGCAGUGGAGAGAAGGAUGGCAAAUGGAAACCAAUCGAAUGCCCCUUAUCCUCCUCCAAAUCAUGGUAGUGGUGCUUCUAAGAGACGGGCUGCUACGGAACCCAUGGCAUCAAAGGGAUGGGAUUGUCCCAUCUGUACGUUGAUCAACUCUUCAUUGGCGCUCCAAUGCGAGGCGUGUGGUUUGAACCGACCUGUCGAUCCGUUGGUUGGGUGGACGUGUCUCGGAUGUGGACAGGGAGGGAAUCAGGUCGAGUGGUGGACGUGCAAGGCGUGUGGCAGGAUGAAGAGCGAGGUUGCCGGUGGCUAG